CACACCUCCUAACAACACACCGACAUAUAGGUCAUAGUAUAUAUAUAUAUAUAUAUAUAUAGAGAGAGAAAGGUGCUGUGACAUGGCCGAGCCGGAUAUUGUAAAAGGACCACAUCUUUCAGACGCUCAGAUCAAGACAUUGUUUUCAAGACUGACUGCUAGUUUGUCCCGGGAACAUGUUCGUGCUAAUAAGACAACAAACUACGACUUCACCCAUCCACGGAGAGGAAUGGCCAUAGUAAUCUCUAACGAAAAGUUCCAGUUACACGGACCCAGACCCUACGCCGAUGUCGACAUCACCAAGAUGUGGAAAAUGUUCAGAAAACUUCACUUUGAUGUGUUGACAUUUAAGGAUCUGACUAAAGAUCAGAUUCUCCUUGUGUUGGAAAAUGCUGCCAAACAGACGGAUUACCACCACCAGUCCGACUGUUUCGCAUGCGUUAUCGGUUCUCAUGGAGAGGAGAAGUUCCUGAAAUACUCUUCGCCCCACAAAAGAGAGCACGUCAUUUACGGAACGGACAAACACGUGAGCACAAAUAAACUCACUGGUCUGUUUAGUGACAGUCAAUGUCCUGGACUUCGGAACAAACCGAAACUAUUCUUUAUUCAGGCUUGUAGAAAUUAUUCUUCUCCAUCUAGGCCUAAUGAAUCCGGCUUUGAUUUUGGAAUCGACGUCAACAUCACUUCCUGUCAAUCCCCGACUCACCCUCCUGUAUUUGCAUUAUUUGAACCCCGAGGGACACCUAAACGUGGCGCGGGUCCCAGUCACGGUUCAGUAAACGUACAGGAAGCUAGCAAAACAGCAGGAAACAUUUGUGAAUUAAAUGAGAACAAAGGUGGUAAAGAUACAGGUUUCAGUGAAAGCACGAACGUUAUUCGGAACAAAAUAUCACCAAUGAAAGAUGAAAUGGGUCUGUCAUUGCCAAAAGACAAAGAAAUGAGUCCAACAUCGACUAAAGGCAAUGAAAUGAGUCAAACAUUGCCUACAGACAAAGAAAUGAGUCAAACAUUGCCUACAGACAAAGCAAUGAGUCAAACAUUGCCUACAGACAAAGCAAUGAGUCAAAUAUUGCUUACAGACAAAGCAAUGAGUCAAACAUUGCCUACAGACAAAGCAAUGAGUCAAAUAUUGCCUACAGACAAAGCAAUGAGUCAAUCAGUGCAGAAAAUCAAUGAAAUGAUUCAAACGUCGACUAAAGACAAAGGUAUGAUUAAAACAGAAGAUAACACAAUCAAUCCGACAUCUAAAAAUAAAGAAGUGACUGAUGUUAAAGAAUCAUUUACACAGCAAACUGUCGACGAUGUAGAAUUUGGGAGCACUCGACCAACGUUCAGCUUGUCGAAGAUGUUGAAUUUUAACACAUCUAUUGAUGAACAGCUGUCUCCGAUUUGCAGACCAAAUUUUAUGAUAAUGUACUCGAGUCCAGAAGGUAUGUUUUCGAUAGGUAGGCCAGUCAGAGACGGUCCCAGUGAACGUAAUCCAGUCGCAGGUGGCUUUCUACUGCACUCCCUUUACUCGGUUGUUGUCCGGGAGAAUCUGUUUUUUCGGCAAAAACAUCCGGACGGCCUGGAUAUGCUGGAUGUGUUCACUCGAGUCAACGAUUUCGGCGUGAAGAAUAUUCUAUCUACAAUAGAAAUAAGCAACGGAAGCGAAGAGGACAGACAAAAGCGAAAUGUGAUGUCUCCGUUCACUUUAGAACAUCGGCUUGUAAAUGACGUCAUAUUUAAAUGUAAAGAUGUAGUGCAAUCUUGAAUGUUUGCAGUGUAACAGCAGGGAACCCAACGGUGUGAGGUUAGGGCUGUAACAGCAGGGAACCCGACGGUGUGAGGUUCGGACUGUGGCAUUAGGGGCCUUGACGGUUUGGGGUUCGGACUGUAACAUUAGGGACCUUGACGGUGUGAGGUUCGGACUGUAACAUUAGGGGCCUUGACGGUGUGAGGUUCGGACUGUAACAUUAGGGGCCUUGACGGUGUGAGGUUCGGACUGUAACAUUAGGGGCCUUGACGGUGUGAGGUUCGGACUGUAACAUUAGGGACCUUGAUGGUGUGAGGUUCGGACUGUAACAUUAGGGGCCUUGACGGUGUGAGGUUCGGACUGUAACAUUAGGGGCCUUGACGGUGUGAGGUUCGGACUGUAACAUUAGGGACCUUGACGGUGUGAGGUUCGGACUGUAACAUUACGGGCGUUGACGGUGUGAGGUUCGGACUGUAACAUUAGGGGCCUUGACGGUGUGAGGUUCGGACUGUAACAUUAGGGGCCUUGACGGUGUGAGGUUCGGACUGUAACAUUACGGGCGUUGACGGUGUGAGGUUCGGACUGUAACAUUAGGGGCCUUGACGGUGUGAGGUUCGGACUGUAACAUUAGGGACCUUGAUGGUGUGAGGUUCGGACUGUAACAUUAGGGGCCUUGACGGUGUGAGGUUCGGACUGUAACAUUAGGGGUCUUGACGGUGUGAGGUUCGGACUGUAACAUUAGGGGCCUUGACGGUGUGAGGUUCGGACUGUAACAUUAGGGGCGUUGACGGUGUGAGGUUCGGACUGUAACAUUACGGGCGUUGACGGUGUGAGGUUCGGACUGUAACAUUAGGGGCCUUGACGGUGUGAGGUUCGGACUGUAACAUUAGGGACCUUGACGGUGUGAGGUUCGGACUGUAACAGUAGGGGCCUUGACGGUGUGAGGUUCGGACUGUAACAUUAGGGGCCUUGACGGUGUGAGGUUCGGACUGUAACAUUACGGGCGUUGACGGUGUGAGGUUCGGACUGUAACAUUAGGGGCCUUGACGGUGUGAGGUUCGGACUGUAACAUUAGGGACCUUGACGGUGUGAGGUUCGGACUGUAACAUUAGGGGCCAUGACGGUGUAAGGUCCAGACUGUAACAUUAGGGGCCUUGACGGUGUGAGGCUCGGACUGUAACAUUAGGGGCCUUGACGGCGUGAGGUUCGGACUGUAACAUUAGGGGCCUUGACGGUGUGGGGUUCGGACUGUAACAUUAGGGGCCUUGACGGCGUGAGGUUCGGACUGUAACAUUAGGGGCCUUGACGGUGUGAGGUUCGGACUGUAACAUUAGGGGCCUUGACGGCGUGAGGUUCGGACUGUAACAUUAGGGGCCUUGACGGUGUGAGGUUCGGACUGUAACAUUAGGGGCCUUGACGGUGUGGGGUUCGGACUGUAACAUUAGGGGCCUUGACGGUGUGAGGUUCGGACUGUAACAUUAGGGGCCUUGACGGUGUGAGGUUCGGGCUGUAACAUUAGGGACCUUGACGGUGUGAGGUUCGGACUAUGAGGUUCGGACUGUAGCACACGCAAGGGCGUUGACGUGUCCCGAUUCACCCUACAGUCCGAAAGUUUGUUUAAGCACGAUAUGUGAACCGCUGUGAGACGGCCAUGUUGCUAUGGUAUAGCGGUGUAUUAAACUCAUAAGUAUUAUCAUUAUCAAUCCGCUAUCGAAUGAGAACGAUCAGUAUUCCUCACAGCCGAUUUCUUCAAAGACAACAACCAUGAAAACGCCCCGGUUACCUUGACCCAGGCAUCUUCAUUGACACGUUACACGGCGUAAUGUUUAUUGACAUUAAUUAAGCCUUGCUCAUAAGUAUUACAAACUAUUACAAUAUCAAAGGCAUUUGAACAUAUAUAAUAUACAAGUAUUGUAAAUAUUUACCAAUAAAUCAUAUUGUACAAGAUUUGCCAAUUGACUGGUUAGCGGACAGUUGAAUAUUUAUAUUGGUACUAUAUAAAGUAUUAUUAUUUGAAAUGGCUGUGGAACAAAUUAACAGACUAUAAUCAUACAAGGAGUAAUAGACUGGACAUAAUGAAUUAAACACCACGGGGCAUGUAACCAUGGUUAUGGGGGAAGGGCUUGUUUAUUAUAUCAUAGAAGUACUUAAUCUUUAUCACACAGCUCCCUAGCUCCUACAGAAACGUUGUUACAUGCCCCUUUGUGUUUAAUCAGCUUGCCGGUUACAGCGGCAUGUCUGUGGUUAAACAUUUAGUGUGAUCAUUAAGUUGACUGUAAUGAUAAAGUUGAUUAAAAAAACUCUUAACAACAGAACAUUCCAAUAGCAUUCCUUUUAAACGUUUUACGUAAAUUAACAUAGAUUGGGUAAGUUAAAAUACAACAAGACUCUUUUGGGUGGCCGGGUGGCACAGUGGUAACUAACUCGCCUUUCAUGUAUGCGGCCAGGGUUUAACUCCCCGAUCGGACGUGAAGAGGUAUGGGAUUAAUACAAACAUAGCAUUAGAGGUAUGGGAUUAAUACAAACAUAGCAUUAGAGGUAUGGGAUUAAUACAAACAUAGCAUUAGAGGUAUGGGAUCAAUACAAACAUAGCAUUAGAGGUAUGGGAUCAAUACAAACAUAGCAUUAGAGGUAUGGGAUCAAUACAAACAUAGCAUUAGAGGUAUGGGAUCAAUACAAACAUAGCAUUAGAGGUAUGGGAUCAAUACAAACAUAGCAUUAGAGGUAUGGGAUCAAUACAAACAUAGCAUUAGAGGUAUGGGAUCAAUACAAACAUAGCAUUAGAGGUAUGGGAUCAAUACAAACAUAGCAUUAGAGGUAUGGGAUCAAUACAAACAUAGCAUUAGAGGUAUGGGAUCAAUACAAACAUAGCAUUAGAGGUAUGGGAUCAAUACAAACAUAGCAUUAGAGGUAUGGGAUCAAUACAAACACAGCAUUAGAGGUAUGGGAUCAAUACAAACACAGCAUUAGAGGUAUGGGAUUAAUACAAACACAGCAUUAGAGGUAUGGGAUUAAUACAAACACAGCAUUAGAGGUAUGGGAUCAAUACAAACAUAGCAUUAGAGGUAUGGGAUCAAUACAAACAUAGCAUUAGAGGUAUGGGAUUAAUACAAACAUAGCAUUAGAGGUAUGGGAUUAAUACAAACACAGCAUUAGAGGUAUGGGAUUAAUACAAACACAGCAUUAGAGGUAUGGGAUUAAUACAAACAUAGCAUUAGAGGUAUGGGAUUAAUACAAACAUAGCAUUAGAGGUAUGGGAUUAAUACAAACAUAGCAUUAGAGGAACAUUCGUGUUUGGAUAAAGUUACCUUUAAGCUUAAUAAUGUGUGAAAACCCUUUCCCGUUAUCAACCUAAUGGAUUUUAACCAGUAUUUAAUUGUCACUUUCGGGUAACUUGUGCAACUUAGAAAUUGUGGUGAUUUAAAUUUUGAUUUGCAUUGUGACCACCAAAAUGAUAGUCCAGUAUGUACGUGUUCAGAUAAAUUCAAACAGUCUCUUUUUUUAUAGACUGUCACCUUUACAAUGAUUCGCGGACUAAGUUUAACUCACUCAGUAAUUAUCCCUUUGACCAUAAGCAUAUCGAUAUUGUCAACAUUUUACGUGUCCGUCCUACUUAUGACGGUAAAACAAACAGAACAUUGAUUUCUGCUUCAAUAUAAUAUGUAUAACAUUACUUUAUAGUGAAAUCCAAACGCCUUAAUUUUUACAAGAUCUAGAAAACCAUAUUGACAGAAAAUAAUUUUCUAUGAAAUAUAUAAUCUUAAUAUAAUCUUAUAUGUUGUGAAAAUCCAGUUGAACA